AUGGGUACUGCGUAUUGUGCGGACAACAUCUCAACAGAAGAACUUGAGACUAUUUUUUGUACAUGCAAAAAUCUAAAACAUCUUGAUAUUCCACGAGGUCCUUAUACUGUAGCUGAAAUUCCUCUUGAGAAAUGGAUAAACUUUCAAAAUUUACAACAUCUUGGAAUUUCUUGUCAUUUAAAGCCUGGCUUCGCAAAUGCAAUUGUUAAAUAUUGCAAGAAUUUAAAACAUUUGAGAAUAUAUUAUUCUUAUGGCAUUAUAAACAAUGCUUUAACGAAGUUGACAGAAUUGGAAAAUCUUGAAUGUUUAAUAUUGGAUGGUCCGAUUGAUCUCUAUGAUGAAUCAAUAAUCGCUAUUUCAAACAAUUGUCAAAAACUUAAACGUUUAGAAAUUGCUGAAUGCAUGAUAGUAUCAGCUAUUGAUGAUGUCCCACUGUCUUCUCCAUCUGUUCUUGAUGAGUUAUCAAAAUUGCAAUAUCUUGAACAUUUAAAUUUACGUCUUGUAGAAAAGCUUAAAGAUAGUACAAUUAUUGCUAUUGCUAAUAAUUGUGAAAACCUAAAAUGUUUAGAUAUCCGAGAGUGCACAGCUAUUACUGAAAAAGCUCUUGUUGCUUUAACAAACUUGAAAAAUUUACAAAUACUUAAUGUAAGUUUUCUUGAUGAUAUAAUUACCAACAGCUUUAUUAUCAAAUUAAAAGGAUUAAGAAAAUUGUAUUGUGAAGCUUGUGAUAAAGUUACUGAUGCUGGUAUUAUUCAGUUUAUAAAAAAUAAUCCAGAUCUUGAAUUUCUUAAUGUCUGCUCUAUUGAUACGAUUAGAACUAACUUGAUUAUUGGUGCUGAUCAGGCAACUAAAAAUCGUACAAAUGGUAUCAUUUUACACAUACGAAUAUCUGAUGCGUCGAUAUUACAAGCUUCUAAGUCAAUAAUUAAAUCUCAAUGGCUGGUUGUUGGCUGUAAGGAUGUGCCAUACUUUUAA